UCUUCUCCGCAGCGACGCCGCAGCCACCAGCACCGGCGAGAAAAGCCGCCGCGCGCCGGGUUUGCCAAGGUUUGUCCGAAGGGGGGGAUUAUAAACUUUUCAUGGGCAACCCUGCACGGCGCAUCCAGUGAGAUGGCAUCGGACAGCGAGGUGAAAACCCUGUUGAACUUUGUCAACCUGGCCUCCAGUGACAUCAAAGCGGCUCUGGAUAAAUCGGCUCCUUGUCGCCGGUCGGUUGACCACAGAAAAUACUUGCAGAAGCAGCUCAAGCGGUUUUCUCAGAAGUACUCACGGAUCCCACGGUGCCACCCCAGCAAACCCCCCGAGUGUGGCUGGCGCAGGGGGGCGGAGGACCGGGGCCGCGGCCCCCAGCCUGAGGCACCCGACCCCAGCCCCCCCGGCGGGGCUGCUGCUGAGAAGGGGCUGCAGGCAGCCGAGGCGGAGGAGAGCCUCGCCGGGGAGGGGGGUUUGCAGGAGCAAAAUCCCGAGGCCACCAGGCCGGACCAGGUGCCCAUGAGGAAGCGGCAGCUCCCCGCCUCCUUUUGGGAAGAGCCACGGCCGGCCCAGAGCCUGCCAGCCAGGGCCUUUCCCGCCAGCCCUGAGGGGCUCCUGGCCCCCAGAGACCCUCCUCCCUAUGAGGGGAAGAAAAGCAAACGGAGCCCGGACGCUGCUGGCCCGGAGAGCCCCCCUGAGCCUGCCCCGCGCGCUGGGGAGAAGGACCCUGCCGGGCUCCUCUCGGGCCGGGUGGGUGCCUGGACCUGCUGCCCCUUCCCCUGCCCUGGGCCAGGGGUGUACCAGCCCCCGAGCACGCUGCCCCCGUCGCCUUUCCCGGGGCUGGGGCCGUGGAGGAAGAGCGUGGCCGCGCUGCCGGCAGAGGUGCCGCCCUUCUGCAAGGAAGCUGACGGCACGGGGCAGAAACUCUACAGGCCCGUGGUUUUGAAACCCAUCCCCACCAAGCCCGCCGUUCCCCCGCCAAUCUUCAACGUUUUUGGCUACCUUUAGCCAGGGCGGCGUGUCGGAGUGGCGCUGAACGCGACAGCUCCUGAGGAGGAAUUGAAGCGCCCGGUCGGGCGCCAGGCGUGAGCUGCUGGCAGCGCGGAGCGGCGGCGGGAAGGAGGCCGGUGGUCGCACGUGGGCGGGCUGGACCGAAUUGGUAACUGUUGGGAAGCUACCCUGGCUCCACUCUCCUCUCAGUACACGGGUGUAAAUCAGGAAUAAGCCUUACGAAGACGGUGGCACAGAGGAGGAGGCAAAGCGGGGCCGUUUCGUCGGCGGGCAUUGUCUGAGCUGCGGCAAGCAGGGCUGCGGGCCGUCCAUAGCCGCGCUCGUAACACCUAGGGGACCUCCUCCAUGUGGGAACAUCUUUCUGGGGUUGCCCUGCGGCAGCCGCAGCGAAAUGAAAUGAAUUAAACCCGUUCAAAGAGUUUUUGUACUUUAAUUCCAGAGAAGUCAACGUAUUCAGGGCACUUCCUUUUGCGUGCAAGAGACUGGAAGGACAGUAUUUAAUGUAGAAACCGCACUUGUGAAUUGAUUUAAGCUCUUCU